GGCUACCCCUAUUUGUGUCUGCGGGGAGGGACAGAGACUGUCUACAGGCUGGGGACACCUGCUCCAGUGAUGACGGGUGCAGCCCUCGUCUGCGGACGCUGAGACAGUGUGUGGCGGGGGACGGCAGUGUGAAGCUGGGCCCUGGGGCCAGGAACCAGUGUGAGAACGCAGUCACGGCCCUGCUGUCCUCCCCGCUGCACGGCUGCCAGUGUAAACGAGGCAUGAAGAGAGAGAAGAACUGCCUCAGUAUCUAUUGGAGCCUGUACCAGUCUGUCCUGCAUGGACUGAGUCUGGUGGAGAGUUACCCGUACGAACCAGAGGAGAGGGGCUUCGACUACGUACGCCUGGCCUCCAUCGCUGCAG